UGGAGAAGGCUGCAUUAUCUGAUGAGUACUUUAUUAAGAGGAAGCUCUAUCCAAAUGUUGAUUUCUAUUCGGGAUUAAUCUAUCGUGCAAUGGGAUUUCCAGCAGAGUACUUCACUGUUUUAUUUGCAAUUCCUCGAAUGGCUGGGUACCUAGCACACUGGAGAGAGUCUCUGGAUGAUCCUGACACGAAGAUAAUGAGACCACAACAGGUAUAUACUGGGGUAUGGUUGAGGCACUAUAUGCCACUGAGAGAGAGGAUGGUAUCACAUGAUGCAGACAAGUUAGGUGAGGUGUCUAUCUCAAAUGCCUCUAGGCGGCGGCUUGCUGGAUCAGGUGUUUAGGCUUAAUUUAUAUUGAUGGGAAGGAAAUAGAAGAGAAGAAAUAAAAAGACCUGAAUGUCUCUCGGUGGGAAAUAAUUGUAGAUGUGUUUGUGGCUCUGAAAGUCGAAAAGUAUAUGUUAGCCACUGAACUGUUAUGACUGCUUCAGUAUUGUUUGUUUGUUGUUAACAAGGCAAUUCACUCCUUUUUUUGAAGGAGUUGAUGUUUAGUUGUUUACCCAAUAAGACAAUAAUAAUUAUAUGUGUUUUCC